GAAUUUUGCUCCUCCUUCCUAAAACUCUGGAGGUGUUACGCUCCAGCCAUUCAGUAAAAACACCAUCGUGCUCCUAAAGUUCAGACGUCUGGCUGGACGCAACCUGCACGGAUCGGGGAGACUCCGUAUGUUCGCUGCAUAUGAUGUGUGUCAAAGCUUGCCUUCAGGAGAAAUUAUUCCUGCUUAGGGAAUGACCACAAGGGUUUUGAGCUUCAUUCUUUUAUUCCGUGGUCUCUUGUGGAUAAAACAACGCACGCUUGCUUAACGUUUCGAAGUUUUACAGUUCUCAAUCACAAAGGCCAGACGCUGAUCGACGAUGCGGCCAUUAUCUCCCCUGUCUCAUCUCAUUUUGUUUCACUUACUGAGUGGAUCUCUGAGCAGCAGAUGUCCUCAAGACUGCUCUUGCAACCCCGGUAGUUCCAUCUUCUGUGUCCAGCAGAACUUGAUCUACAUGCCUCGUGGCCUCCCCUCCUCCACAAAGUACCUCUAUGUUUUUCAGAACAACAUCAAGACCUUGCAAGAGCAGGACUUUGUAGAGCUUAGUGAGCUUGGAAUGCUGGACUUGAGUCAGAAUGCUCUCAGUGAAAUCCCUGAUGGGGUUUUCAGCCCACUCUCCUCUCUACUCAACCUGGACCUCUCCUCAAACCGCAUUACCCACAUUUCCAAAGACAGCUUCACUGGACUGGUCAACCUGGAAAGGCUGUAUCUCUACAGCAACCUCAUCCACAGCAUUCACCCAGCUGCUUUUGAGGGACUGGAGAACCUACUGGAGCUGAAGCUUCAGGGGAAUAAAAUUAGUGUGUUGCCAGCUCUACGACUACCCAGACUGCUCCACUUGGAUCUUAGUUAUAAUAGUAUCCCACCCCUUGGGCCUAAAGAUUUACAGACACCACACCUUGAGUCUCUUAAAAUAGCUGGAUUGAAGCUGACCAGUCUGGACGAGGAACUGCUAAGGAGCCUGGCAAACCUACAUGUUCUGGAUGUUUCACAAAAUCUGCUUGUAGAGAUUCAACCUACACUAAAGGCAAUGGGGGGCCUACGAAACCUCAAUUUAACUGGGAAUCCCUUGGGGUCCCUAAAACAAGAAGAUUUCCAAAAUCUGGUUAAUCUGCUAGAGCUCGACUUGAGCAACCUUUAUUUGCAAGGCUUCCCCGAGGGUUUCUUCAACCUUUUCCCCAAACUUGAGAAGCUCACUGCAGCAGAAAACCCCUUCAACUGCCUCUGCCCACUGGCCUGGUUCCCAGCAUGGCUAAAGGAUGCCAAUGUAGAGCUGUUAAGGAUGGAGGAGACUCGUUGCCACUUUCCACCAAUAAACUCGGGAAAGGUUUUGGCAAAGUUGGAGCAUAAAGAUUUUGGCUGUCCCACAACGACCAUUGAGUUAACAAGCGCAGGGACAAGUAGUACUACAAGCAAGCCCACAAACUCCACCACACCAUCAGGCACAACACACGCCAUUCCCCCGGCUCCACCAAGUGAGAUGUCCUCAGCAGACAUAGACAGCUUCCCUCUUUCCCAGACCACUGCCUUCCCCAGAAGAAUCAUAGAAGAUUCUGAAGAGGAGGACAUUAUGUGCCCUUCCAAUAUCUGUCUAAAUGGGGGAACAUGCAUAUUUAACUCAAAUGGGGUGGUUGUUUGCCUGUGCCCACCUUCAAUGUCAGGACUCUACUGUGAGAUUCAAAAUGAAGCUCUGCUUCCCCCGCCUUCACCUAGAGUUUCUUUCGAGACCAUUGCUACAGUCCAGCCCAACACAAUCAGCUCUCUUCACAUAACCAGCACUUCCAUUUCAUUAGACCUUCACCGUUACAUCCACACAAGGCCAAACAUCCGUGGAAUUCGUCUGACUUACCGAAACUUGUCAGGCCCAGACCGGCGGCCACUACAGUUGAAUGUGCCUCCAACUUACCCAGAGUACACGCUUAGAGGGCUACAGCCAAAUAGCACCUAUUCUGUAUGUGCUAGCCCUCUGGGAGAGCCGGUCCAUGUCUCGGUUAGUGCCUGCAUGGAGGCUCGCACAGCAGGAAUCCCACCCUCCUCCCACGAGCCUAGCGUUGACAGGACCGAACCUUCUUCCUCUCUCAUACCCAUAGUGGUAGCUGUGGCGGUGGUGAUGGUUGCUGCCAUCGUAGCUACUGUUGUGGUCAUCCGCCGCAGGAGGAGAUCCAAGGCUCCAGUAGAUAUGGACUUACAUGAGACAUCUCCUCUGGAGCUGGAAGGAGUGAAAACCAGUCCAGAGAAUGGGCUGACACAUCCAAAACAACCUGACAUCACCCCUUGCCCAUCUUUAGCACAAAACACAUUGGAAUAUGAGGCACCUUUAAUACAAGGACAGUGUCCAGCCAACAACAAUGUAGCUUGUACGAAACCAUUGUACGUGUAAAAGCCAUAUUGGAAUUCAUACCUCCAGCCCACAGAGGGCGAUGUGUUCCAUGACUCCUGCGGGCGGGUGCGAUGCAGACACUAGAUAGACUCUGGUGGGUUGGUGAACAUUUUAGUGCAUCCCAGCCAAACGCUUAAACUGACUGCCAGUAUUUAAACCAGUUGCAUUUGCCAUUGCCAUUUUUUUUUUUUUUUUACAGAUACAAUUUAAGUGCCUUUUAUAACCAGAAAUAUCAGACUUUGAGAAUUUAUCUCUAAGAAGUGGCCAGACAUUAAUAAACACAGUGUUGCUAGGCUGGAAAACAGGUCACUUUAGAGGUAGCUCAUUAAUUGUGUAGCUGGCUCUGUAAGUGGUAGACAGGAGUCAAACGUUCUUGCCUGGACGCCUGGACUUUUUUUGUCCAGAAAAAAAAUUGCACUGAUCAGAGACACUGGGACUGUGAGGUGCCUAAAGAAGCUGAAGUGAUCAGACUCUUAAAAGAUGCUUCAAACAAGUUUUAUUCAGCAUCAAAGCAUCCCUCUGUCCCUCUACCCCAUCUGUCCUGCACAGGAGAUUUGCUGUGAAACAAACGUAAUGAAGAGACAUUUUUUUACUUUGUCUAGUUUACGCUGUUUUGUUAAAGUUAUGUUAUUAUAUUUUUGUAUUUUUAAAGGAAUAUUUCAGCAAAAAUAUCAAUUCUGUUAUGUCGUUCCAAAUUUGUAUGAUUUUCUUCCAUGGAUCACAAAAAGACAUAUUGCAGGAUAGAAUGUCACAUUAUGGUUUGUAAAUAACAGAAUUGUCAUUUUUGCCUGAACUUUUCCUGUAAGUGCCAUUUUUUUUUGUCCCUUUUCAUGUUUAGUUGUUGUGUUUGUAUUGACUUUUAAACAUGAAACUGUAGCAAACAUUAUUUCUCCUUUCCCUUGAGUGCAACAAGUUAAAAUGCUUUUACUUCUGAAUGAAAACAAACUCACUUUACAUGAGUAAAGUGUCCAUCCCGCGAAUGUCUGACAAAGAAACACUUUGCAAGACUAUAAACACCCGCAGCCAUUUUUGACCUCAGACAAAUUCCACACAUUAACAAACAGACUAGUACUAUAUAAGGAGAUGGAUAACAAACGCUUUUAACAAAGCUGUUUUUUGACGUGCCAGCUUUCUAAAAAUGUCCCGUUGUCAUAAUUCAGACUGGGCCCCAAACACAAACUAGGGUAAUGCUUCAAAGCGUGGUUUGAUGUAGAUGUUGCCGAGCUGAACGAAGUUUAUUCCGUACAAUGGAGUAAACUAGGCCAGAUGGCUUUGCUCACUUGUUGCAACCAGACUAUAAAAAAUUACAAAAGUGUACAAAUGGUACAGUGAUGGUAUCAGGUGGUAGUAUGGUACUUUGAUAUAUACUUGGGUACUGAAUUAUUCAAAAAUACCAUGUAAAAAAUGUUUAAUUUGAUUUGUUUAGCCAAAUUAGUUGUCUCAGCUUUUAGAAAGGAAUAUAAAAAGACCCAUGUACAAGGAGACUGAUUGCUUUUCUCUGUAAAAGCAUAAAAGUGUUCAAGCCAAAUGUGUCUUUGUGGAAUUGCAUAUUUAUGUGCUUUAUCAGCGCAGUAAAGUUGUGUUAAGAGAAAUGGAGCCAGUACUCUAAUCCAAAGUGAGGAAAGGUCAAUUGUCAAAUUCUCCCCACUCUCAGCAGCCUCUUUUUUAGCCCUGCGCCUCAUAUAUCUGUGACCGUAUACAGAAUGUGUGCUGAAGAUGUCAGUGUCUAACACAUCCAAACAUUUGAACUGGAAAGAGGAACAGCUUUACACAGCAUGAGGGGCUUCAAAUAUUUGAAACAUUUUCAAAACUGCUUUCAAGUCCCAUGCUUACUUUGGGAUGCUUGUUGUUGCUCUCUUUUGUUGUGUGCAAAGCCAAGACUUCUUUUUUUGGAUGUAAAAAUUUGUACUCUUUGGAAGAAAAAUGUGAUGUCUGUUGAGAAAAUAAAAUGGAAAAAACAUU